UAUCAUUUUGAAAUCUCUUCCUGAUUCGGAAAUCACACCAGUUUUAAUGUUGAUUUAAAAUAUGAUUAUGAGCUAUUCACCAAGUAUGCCUAAAUAAGAAAUGCAAUAUAUAUGCAAUUGUAUGUUCUCGCAAUUUUGAAUAAGUCCCAUUGAUGUCCAAUAUUCUUGCAAAAUGAUCGCCAGUAUUUUGUACCUUAGCAGCCUUCUGUGUCACGUCAUUAUCGAAACUGAUGCCAAGAAAAUUUUAUUCCUAAUGGCUCAAUCAAAAAGUCAUAUGUUGCCGGCAAUACCUGUUGCCGAGGAGAUGGUAAAGUUAAACCAUACAACUACUUUUGUGGUAGCAGCUAGAAUGAAAGAGGCGUUGGAAUCAGAAGGCAUUAAACUUUCACCUUCUAUCAUUGCAAAGAGUUUUGAUAACUAUUAUUAUGAGGACAUUAUUCGGGUAACACUUGUGAGAAUGGCACAAGGUUCAAAAAUUGAAUCGCAGGUGAAAUGGUUACAAGGAACAAACGCUCUCUGUCACGAAUUUAUGAAUGAUAAGAAAUUGAUAAACAAAUUAAAAGACCGGAAAUUUGAUAUUGCUGUUGUAGACUACGCACCUGUUCUUUGUUUCACUAUUAUGGCGUAUAAACUUGAUCUGCCAUUUGUCUCUUUUGGUGCCUUCAUAGAUCCAACCUUAAAUCGAGUUCCAUUGAACCCAGCUUUCACGCCAACAUCUUUUUCUGCAUUCAAUGAUAAGAUGACAUUCUUGGAGAGUGUUUGGAAUACGCUGCGAUAUCUUUUGUUAGUCGCUGCUAGACCUGCAGCUCCAACGUUAGAGAACCUGGCAGUCAAGUAUGUCCCAGAAAAACCAGCUAUUUCUAACCAAGAAGCAAAACAAAAAGCUAUGCUUUAUAUACACGACAGUGAUAUUCUAUUUGAUUAUCCGCAACUGUUCCCGCCAAAUGUAAUACUUUGUGGCGGUCUUGCUGCACAUCCGUCGAAAAAAGUAUCAAAAAAUCUCGACACAUUUGCAUCAUCAAACAAAGGCUUGGUAGUUGUUUCUUUUGGCAGUAUUUUCAAAACAUUUCCGAAUAAUACCUUCGGGAAAAUGAUUGAAGCUUUUAAACAAAUAUCUGAUCUUAACUUUGUGAUUCGACAAGGAGAUACAGAGGAGACAACAGACAAUAUUUUGAGACUUCCAUGGAUCCCACAGAACGAUUUACUCGGUCAUCCUCGUACCGUUUUAUUUAUAACACAUUGUGGCAGAAGUGGAAGUAUGGAGGCUAUCUACCACAGAAUUCCUGUUAUUAAAGUUCCAUUAAGUAUUGACCAACCUUACAAUGCGGGCGUUAUGGAAGACAAAGGUUAUGGUAUUAAGAUGGAUUUACAUGAUUUUUCUACUGAGGAAUUAAUUGCCAAUAUCAGGCAAGUAGCUUUUACCGAUAAGUUUAAGCGGAACAUAAAGCAAGCAUCGGACAUAUUUCACAGUCGCCCACAGACCCCUGCAGAAAGAGCAGCUUAUUACAUCGAUUUAGUUGCCAAACAUGGUGACAAACAUUUUCGACACUUUGGGUUAGAUAUGCCUUGGUAUUCGUUUUAUCUUUUUGAAGUUAUGUGCUUUCUUUUGUUAAUGAGCAUUAUCUCAUCUAUUGUUAUGUAUUUAGUGUUUAGGAAAUGUAGAAAAUAUUCGAAAAACAGAACUGUAAAGCAUAAAAAAGAAUAAGAUAACUAUAAAAUUUCAGAAACAGG